GCGCAAAGAAAAAUCGACUCUUCGGAAGAUUGUGAUGGUGUAAGAAAAUGGCGUCCAGGUUACUUUCGGCUGUCCGACAUGGACAGCCAGUAUCAUGUUCGUUUGUCAGCACACGAAAUAUUCGGACAACGACUCCAUAUGCUGUUUCUAUGCUUAAAACAGUAAUUAAAGGAGGUUUUAAACCAGUGAAGAUCCCCUACGCCCCUGGAACUGCACCUCGUACUGAAGAAGAGAGAAUAGCUGCUGCUAACAAGUAUGGGAUGCCACCAGAAGACUAUCAGUGUGAUCCCACGGGAACUCAAGGGGAUUACCCAAUGUUCCCCAAAGUUCCAAAUGUGCAGAGAAGUGAAAACCCUGCUUGGGACUUUUCAGAUGUGAAGGAAAAUUAUGGCGAUGCAAUACACGUUGAUUCAGAUUGGUUAGGAGCAGAUACACUUGAUGGUUAUCGAUAUGGAGGAUUCGGAGUAUGGGAAAAUUUUAAGUCUUAUGGGACAUUGGUUGGUGUCAUAUUUGCAUUUGCGUACUUGUAUCCCACUGGGGACGACACACGGUUGCCGAAGCAGUACCCAGGCAAUCUGUGGCUAGAUAGGGGGGGAAGCCCUGAAGAUGCUCCUGUCGUCAAACAUUACACUUUUGAACCAGCCGAUUGAUCCACAGAGGGUUUAAUUGAAUUUCUUAUUUAUACACAUACGUGGACUGCAGUAGAAAAGUUUCAAACAAGCGAGGACACAAUGCUGCCGAAAAAGCAAAACUUUCCUCCGUUUUCAUUUAUUUAUAUGAACAAAAAAUGAAAAAAUCAUUGAGUGGGUUAAUAAUGACAAUAUUUAAAGAGGAUGACACUAGCUGUUUUACCGUGCAGUUACUCAUCAGGAUUGAUGAAAAAUUAAACAUGAGCUUUGUGCUGUGCUUAUUAAUGAGUUGGAAUAUCAACUGUCAACUUCUUGUAGUGACUUUUUAAUAAAGAUUUAACAGUUGACACAA